AGGAAGAGGAAAGGGAGCAGUGUGAGUGAGGAAGCUUGGUUUCUAUUGGAAUGAGACAGACGUCGCUUUGUUCGGGAGGAGGGAGGGAAGACAGCCGCUAGUUAGAACCGAUCCUCCUCACAGUACAGUCUGGCGAGGCGCUCUAUCCCGGCUUGUCUUCGUGUUUCCGCCUCGUUAUUUAUCUCCAACAACAGUGCUCUUGGACGGCGAGGACUUCCACCGAGGGAUGUCAAAGCGAGUGCGAAGCCGAGAGGUCUGCGCUGAUUGCAGCGCCCCGGAGCCACGCUGGGCGUCUGUGAACAGGGGUGUGUUGAUCUGCGACGAAUGCUGCAGCAUCCACCGAGGUCUGGGGCGACACAGCUCUCAAGUCCGACAUCUGACUCAUUCUGCUUGGCCACCCUCUCAGCUGCAGAUGGUACAGACAUUGUAUGGAAAUGGUGCAAACUCUAUUUGGGAGCAUAGCCUUCUGGACCCUUCCUCUUCAGUCAGUGGGAAACGCAAAGCUAACCCUCAAGACAGAGUUCAUCCUAACAAAACAGAGUUCAUUAAGGCAAAAUAUCAGAUGUUAGCAUAUGUGCAUCGGAUGCCAUGCCGGGAUGAUGACAGUGUGGCAGCAAAAGAUCUCAGCAAGCAACUCCACUCCAGUGUGCGAACAGGGAACCUGGAGACCUGCCUCAGGCUCUUAUCAUUGGGAUCACAGGCCAACUUUUUCCAUCCUGAGAAAGGAAACACGCCGCUUCACAUAGCAGCUAAAGCAGGUCAGAUUCUGCAAGCAGAACUGCUGGCGGUUUAUGGAGCUGAUCCCGGAGCUCUGGAUUCCAGUGGAAAAACGCCCAUUGAUUAUGCAAGAGAAGCCGGGCAUCAGGAGCUGGCAGAGAGGCUUGUGGAAAUACAGUAUGAACUCACAGACCGCUUAACGUUUUACCUUUGUGGGAGACGACCAGAUCACAGAAAUGGACAGCAUUUCAUCAUCCCUCAAAUGGCAGACAGAAAUAACAGUCUGGAUUUGUCGGAGUUUGCAAAAGCGGCCAAGAAGAAACUGCAAUCGUUAAAUAACCACCAGUUUGAAGAACUUGCCAUGGAUGUUUAUGAUGAAGUGGACAGAAGGGAAACGGAUGCAGUCUGGUUGGCCACUCAGAACCACAGCACACUUGUAACAGACACCACUGUUGUGCCUUUUCUGCCCGUAAAUCCUGAAUACUCGUCAACCAGAAACCAGGGUCGUCAGAAAUUGGCACGAUUUAGUGCUCAUGAAUUUGCCACCCUGGUCAUUGAUAUUCUAACAGACGCUAAACGACGGCAGUGGGGUAAUUUCUGUGAAAGCCCUAAAGAAAAUGUGGAGCUGAUUUUGCAGGGAAUUGGUAGUCGCCAUAACAGUGAGAGCCAAGAUAAUGACCAGCCAGAUUAUGACAGUGUGGCUUCAGAUGAAGACCCAGUGCUGGAAGCGACAUGCAGAGACAGCUGCAAUGAUGGACGCACCAAGAGCUCAGAGUCUUCGGACUUGUCUGAUGGACCUAUAACAGUUCAGGAAUUUAUGGAGGUGAAGAGUGCCCUGACUGCAUCAGAAGCCAAAAUACAGCAGCUGCUGAAAGUCAAUUGCCACCUCAGUGAAGAGCUGCGGGUGAUGCAGAAUAAGCUGAGCUCCCUGCAGACUGAAAACACAAGUCUGCGUUGGCAAGGCCCCGGCAGACAGCAGCAACCCCACGGACCCUUGGGUCGUCACUCGUGCCGUGGAGGUCGAGCCAUGUCCAUGUACGAGACUGGCUCGUCUCCAAGGCAGUACUCCCAUAGACUGGAACCACCUAGGCCUGACGACGGAGUCAUCCUACAACCCUUUCCUUCCAAUAUUGGUAGGGGUCCUUUGGGGACAGCUGCCUCCUCCCUCCCUACCUUCCCCUCUCCCCUGUCGUGGCCGAGGGAUGAGAGAUCUCGACGGGGCUGCAGCCUGGGAGGACAGAGCAGCAUGCUGGAGAAUGACUAUGACAGAAAACCCAACCACCGGGAACUGGAGGCUGGUCCCCUUGCAGCCUUUGAAGCAGGAGAUCCAGAGGAGGAAGGUGAAGAGGAUGCCACCCUGCCUUGCACUGAAGAUGUUAUCUGUAAGACGGAACAGAUAACGAAGAAUAUUCAGGAGCUUCUGAGAGCUGCCCAGGAGACCAAACAUGAAAGCUUUCUACCUUGCUCUGAAAAGAUCUGCAUGGCUGUGACAGAAAUGGCGACCUUGUUUCCAAAGAGGCCAUCCUUGGAGACGGUGCGGAGUUCUCUUUCUCUGCUGACCUCCAGUGCCAGCCGGCUCCACGCAGAGUGCCAGAAGGCUGCAGAGCACAGUCCUUCCCCAUCCGACAUCCAGCUAGUCACUCAGGUGGUCAUCCAGUGCGCCUAUGAUAUUGCCAAGGCAGCCAAGCAGCUCGUUACUGUGACAACCAAAGAGAACACCAACUAACUAGAACCUGUACAUUACUGAUGCAUUCAUUACAUUUUUUUUAUUCCUCACAAAUGUUGUUUUGUUUUCUUUAAUAAUCAGUGUUUGUUUUCUGAUAGGAAUCAGUGAAAGUUAGCACAUCCAUUGCUUGAUGUGAUCAUGUCUUAAAAUAGGAUGCCAUGCAAAACUCUCAAUCAGUCCAAAGCUUGUUUGUUUUGCCUUUAUUUCAUCCACACGUGAACACAACUGUGUUCAUCGGUUGGAGUAAACCUGUUACUAUGUCUUACCUCACAAAUGUAAACCACUCAACUUCCAAGUGCAAUGUUUUGUAUGUGUGUGUGCAUGUGUGUGUGCGUGUGGGCUUAUUUUUUUCCCUGUAGAGUUGUAGUACACUCACGUUGUGCUUUUAGUGGCCUAAUGUCUUUCCAACCCAAAAAUCUGACGUUUAUUUUCCACUUCAAUUUUCUCCAACAGUGUUGCUUGAACAAAUCGUGGCAAUGCUGCUCGCUUCGAGUCCAUGUUUGUUUAAUUAGGCAACUGUGAUUUUACAAAUAUCCAGCAAAUGUGUCCUCUCCACGUUAAAGAGGUAUUGACUGACAAAAUAUCAGUAGUUGCAGGACAUUACAGCCAAUCUGCAAUGUUGUGUUUGUGUGCUCGUGCAGGAAAAAAAAAGAUUUGCUUAUAAAGAUGGCGUGUAUGAAGCCCACUCUGAAUUUUAUAGCAUUAUGCAAUUAUAUAAGAUGUAUGUAUCCAUGCAAUUCUUUAUCUGAGUAAUACAAAUGAUAGUCUAUUUAUAAACUGUAUGUCAUACCUCUAAUGAAAUAUCAGUGUUUAUUUUCAUAAGCUUAUGGUUUAUGCUUGGGAUGUCUUAGCUCACAGUAAAUCUAGUCAAUUUUUGUGUGUGUGUAAGGUGUGCUGCUGUAUCUCAGUGUUUUAACCAUGCUUUGUGUGGUCAGACAUGUACUGCUUUGUUUACAGCCAGUGAUAAAGGUAACCAUGCCGUCAGUGUA